AUGGACGACUCGCUUCACGAGUCUUGUGAUAUGGGCUCUACACAACAUGCCCCUGUUUCCAUGGAGGACGAAAGUCAGCAAACUGGAGUUGACGAUGGAGAUAUGUGCGGCAAUAUCAACGAACUACUUAAAGAAAUUCAGGCCCUGAGCGAGGGUCGACCAGGAUGUGAAGCGCAGGUCGCAAGCGCGAUCAAAACUUGUCACUCCUUAGAGGCAAUCAUGUCCAGGCACUUGAGUGAGAAGCAGCGCCUAGAAGAGGUGAUCAAACGAAUCCAGACAGCCCUCUUACAAGAACGCAUGGAAUAUCAGAACUUGCAGCAGCGCUGUGUUGACCAGGAGAUUACUUUGUCACAUUUUCGAAGAGCAUUCCCCAUCCUACAAGAAGAGAUGGGUGGUUUAAUUGGCACGUGGGAAACCCUUGGAUUCCAAGGCGUGUAUAAGACUGUGUAA